AUGUUGUCUCUUAAUAUCCCAUCUUAUUCCAAGCCAUCGGAAUAUCAGCUCUCUGAAUUACCAAAACCCAAGAUCGAGACCCCGAAUGAAGUCAUUGUUAAAGUUCAUGCUGCGAGUAUCAACCCGAUUGAUGUCAAAAGAGCGGGAGGAGGUCUGAAGAUUGUAGUUGGGGACAGUUUCCCAUUCAAAAUCGGCUACGAUGUAGCUGGUGUUGUCACAGAAGUAGGCUCGAAGGUGACUCGGGUCAAGGCUGAAGAUGCGGUCUAUAUCCGAUUGCCCGAGACUCAUCGAGGAUCUUGUAGCGAGUAUGUGGUAUGCCCGGAGAGUCAAAUUGGGCUCAAGCCCCCUUCCAUGUCCUUUGAAGAAGCGGCGUCCGUCCCGCUGGCAGCGAUGACUGCUCUUCAGGCCCUUCGGAAAUAUGGCGAUCUAACUGGGAAGACUGUAUUCGUCCCUGCUGGCUUGAGUGGUACAGGAGUCUUUGGGUGUCAACUAGCAAAGCAUGUGUUCAAAGCAGGCAAAGUCAUCACCACUGUGUCAACUUCGAAAAUCCCGAAAGUGGAUGAGCUUCUGGGUAAAGGAACAGUCGACCAAGUCAUCGACUAUACCAAGACCGAUCCAAGAGAUGUCAUUCCGAAAGGAUCUGUCGACUUUCUCUUCGACACAGCGGGUGUUUCGAUGCCGUACCUCUGUCUCAUGAAGCGAAAGACAGGCCAUAUUGUGUCAGUUUCGACUACUCCCUCAGCAACAGUAAUGCAGAGCUCUUCUUUGAUGAGAAUGCGGGACAAUCCCACAAUUGCAUUCCAUGUCCGGCUUCUUCUCAACAUGUUCGACUGUAUUCAUAACUUCAGAGCCGGGCGGUAUGGGGUUAAAUAUGAGUACAUGAUCCUUGACUCUAGCGGCAAUGACCUGGAUGAACUCAGAGGGUAUAUUGAAGAUGGAAAAUUGAAGACAGUGGUAGGUACCAACGUUCAGCUUCGUGAUUUGGACUCGGUACGAGCAGCAUGUCAAGUUGUUUAUGACGGAAAGGGUGGUCUUGGAAAGCUGGUUAUUAGUGUCGCUGGAUCCGAGAGCACUUGA